CCUCCUCCUUCUGUUCCCUUCGUUCUUCCGUGCUUUCUGGUAGACGAUCUUUUAUCUGCCUUUUCUCUCUUUCUUUUCGUCGGGCUCUGUUCGUGUCCUUCUUUACAAAACCUCAUACCCCCCCCUAUAUCACAUAUCACAUUCAAAAUGUCUGGUGUUCAGCCUGUUGCCGUCUAUGCGCUCAGAGUUCCCGCUGGCGGAGCUCUGAUUCCCGCCGUGGUCCCUGAGGCUGCUGCCAUGUUCCGUGUGACCAUGGCUGCCAUCGACCCCGAUGAGGCUCCCGAGUACGAGGAUGGCUUCGACUCCAACAAGCGUCCCCGCGCCACCCUGAAGCUCGUUCGCCCUCCUCCUGGCUUGGACCUCGAGGACGAGUCUGAUGAUGAGGACUAUGAGGACGACUCCGAGGAAGAUUCCGAGGAUGACGAGGAGGUCAACGGCGGCCCCAGCGACAAGGAGAAGGCCCGCAAGCUCAAGCUUGCUGCUGCCCGCAAGGAGCUCGAGGAUGCUAUGGACGAGGACUCUGAGGAAGAUGACGAGGAUGAGGAGUUCGACCUGAAGGCUGCUAUCUCCAAGCUGGUCAAGGGCAAGGCCCCCGCAACCGAUGACGAUUCUGAUGAUGAGUCCGACGAGGGUCUCGAGUUGGAUGAGCUGGUGCUCUGUACCCUGGACCCCGAGAAGAACUGCCAGCAGCCUCUCGACAUCACCGUUGGUGAGGAGGAGCGUGUUUUCUUCAAGGUCACCGGUACCCACACCAUCUACCUGACCGGUAACUACGUCGUUCCCGCUGAUGAGCACGGCCCCUGUGGUUCUGACGACGAGGAUGACUACGAUGAGGACGACUACGACCUCCCCCCUGGUGAGGAGGAGCUGGAUCUCGAGGCUCUGUUGGGCGAGGAGGACGAGAGCGACGACCUCGAUGAGCUGGAGGACCCCAGAAUUACCGAGGUUGAGAGCGACGAGGAGGCCCCCAAGCUGGUCGAGACCAAGGGCAAGAACAAGCGUGCCGCCGAGGAGGCCAAGCCUGCUGCCAACGAGCCUGCUCUGAGCAAGAAGCAGCAGAAGAAGCUCAAGAAGAACAACGGCGAGGCUGCCCCCGUUGAGGAGAAGAAGGAUGCCAAGGAGGGCAAGAAGGUUCAGUUCGCCAAGAACCUGGAGCAGGGCCCCACUCCCUCCGCCCAGAAGCCUGCUGAGAAGCCUGCUGAGAAGACCACCGGCACCCUGGGUGUCAAGGAGGUCAAGGGUGUCAAGGUCGACGACAAGAAGCUUGGCAAGGGUGCUGCUGCCAAGACCGGCAACACCGUCGCUAUGCGCUACAUCGGCAAGCUCGAGGAUGGCAAGGUCUUCGAUGCCAACAAGAAGGGCAAGCCUUUCACCUUCAAGCUUGGCAAGGGUGAGGUCAUCAAGGGCUGGGACAUCGGUAUUGCCGGUAUGGCCGUCGGUGGUGAGCGCCGCAUCACCAUCCCCGCCCACCUUGCUUAUGGCAAGCGUGCUCUUCCCGGCAUCCCUGCCAAUUCGAAGUUGAUCUUCGACGUCAAGCUGCUCGAGAUCAAAUAAGCAGUUUCCUGGGGAUGUUUGUUUCCGCCCUUCCGCUUGUUGACCUAGCACCCAGCAUCGCUCUGAUUGCAGUCUCUCAUCCUAUUGCAUUUAAUCUUUCUUUCUAUUGCUAUCAUAUCUGUUGGAUUCAAUUUCUUUCCCAAAAGAAUCGGUGUUCCGGGGGUUUUCGAAUAUAUGACUUUUGAUUUCUGUGAUAUCCGACUUGUUUCUUUGCACAGCCGUCCGCUGCAUUUGGCAGGGAGGAGGAUAGUAACGGAAUAUCUGUGUU